AUUGAAGAAGAGAUAAAUACCAGAAUGGUACAAUUAAACCAAAUCCUGGACAGAAAACGAAAACAAAAGAAUCAAACAGCUGAACUAGUUAAGACCUUUAAAGUACAGGUGGAAUCUUUCAGAGAGUCCUAUGAUGACCUUGUGGCAGAAGAUAAGUUGUUGGAUCGAGGAUUUAAGAAAGAAUUUUCGGAUGUACCAGCCCAUCAUGUGGACCAGCUUUACAGACUCUACAAACGAAGACCAAGAGUUCAGCGUCUUAGGACUCAGACAGAAAAUGAGGCCCCAUUUGGUGAUCGUCCAGCAUCGGGAAAAACGUACAGUGAUUCAAUUGCUCAGCUCAUGAAAGCCAUGGAUGAGUUAGAUGCACCAGAACACAUGUCAGAAGGGCUCGAACUUCCAGUUUGGGAACGUUUCUGUCUAUCAAGAAGGUCUAAAAUGGAAUAUGAACAGAAGGUGAAGCGAAAUGCACAGAUCCUGGCUGAAAUGCAGGAGUUUCUAUAUAAGAGAAUAGAAGAAGAUGAGAAGACACGGCAGGACAUUGAGAAUAUUAUGCAAGAUAUUAACAUAUUGCGGAAUGAGAAAAUGAAGUUUCUGCUGGAUUUGACUGUCCAGUUCAUACUUAAGCAAGGACAAGUGGAAGUUGAAAAUACAGAUUUAAUGCCUAAUUAUGCUGAUGCGAUACUGCUGCACAGGAGUGUGAUCGAAGAUUUGAAUAGCAGCAUAAGGGGCCUUGGAGAACAGAAAAUUGCCAUCAUGGUGGAAAGUAAAGAUUUCCGUAAAGGAAUAUUUCAGCUUGAGUGGGAACACAAGAAGAUCCGAAUGGAGAUGGAAGACUUGAAAAAGAAAUCGAGAGACAUUACGAUGCUCCGUGUGACUAAAGAAAUUCAGAUCUUUCUCAAUGAAUCAAAUUAUGACAAGCGUGUAUCUAACCAGAUCCUGGUUCUGGAAGAAACUAUUAAUGUCCAAGAAAAACAACAUGAGAAAAAUGUGAAACACUAUAAAAAAACUCACGAGGAUUUAGAGAAAUAUAUUAGGAAAAUGGAAGCAGAUGAAGAGUUGGAUAAAGAACUGCAGGAUGUACUUGUCUCCUUCUCUGAAAGGAAACACAUCUAUGAUGUAGUUGGUGCAGAGCAAAGUGCCGAGAAGAAUGCAAGACAGAGAUACAAAGACAUUUUGCAGCGCGGAAAUUAGUAGAUCUUGUUAAGGCACAAGCUCACGAGAUCGCCAUGCAACGCACUGAUCUUGAUCGACUGAGGAUGAAAACCUUUCCGGCACUAAUGCAAAUGGAGUACUAG